AUGUCGAGCUACAUGGAUGACUUGUGUGACGACUAUGAGGAAAUUUCGCUUGAGAAUUGCUCUUACUCAGACAGAACUAAGGCACUUUGUCACAAGUAUGAAAAUAUGAUUGACUUCAGCAUGAUAAACCGCGACCAGAUUCGCGACAAGGGUGAUAGAGCAACGACAGAUCAUGCUCUGGACAAGCGUUCAGUUGCCAUUCUAUAUAAGAUGAUGAGUCAGGGCGAAUUCGCUGUAAUCAAUGGGUGCAUAAGUACUGGCAAAGAAGCCAAUGUAUACCAUGCAAUUGGUUCGAAGAGCGAUCUAGCGAUUAAGGUGUACAUGACUUCAAUUCUUCCCUUCAAAUCUCGGAGCAAAUAUGUAGAGGGGGACUUUCGCAUGCGUCAUGGUUACUCCACCUGCAGCUCCUGGAGGCUUGUUUCUAAAUGGGCCGAAAAGGAGUAUCGGAAUCUUAUCCGGAUUAACAAGGCUGGCAGCAUACCUACUCCACUGCCUAUCAAACUGAAAGGCGUCGUUCUUCUUAUGACUCUUAUAGGGAAAAAUGGGUAUCCUGCGCCAAAACUCAAGGACGUUGCGUCCGGUGACUGGCCUGAAUUUGGCCCCCCUCCUGAUUGGUCUGCAAUCUAUCGACAAAUUCUCCAGAAUGUACGAACUCUCUUCCAAAAAUGUCGUCUUGUCCAUGCCGACCUCAGUGAAUACAACUUGCUCUACAUGGAUGGCCAGGCAUGGCUCAUUGACGUAUCACAGGCAGUAGAGCACGAAUGCGAACAAGCACUUGAGUUCCUUCGAAAGGACUGCUACAACGUAAAUGCUUUCUUUAGACGACAGGGUGUAAACACGCUAACGCUACGUGAGUUCUUCGAGUGGGUGGUGGAUCCCACUCUUCCGCAGGAGGGGAAGGAGGCCUACGACUACUUGGAUACUCUCCUCACGCGUGCACAAAUGCGCGGAUUUAACCAAACACUAGAAAUAGAGGAUGACGCCUUCCGACGUGUCUACGUGGCUCGCAGGCUUGAAGAUGUCAAAAGAUUUUUUAGCGACUUUAAGCGACUCAAAAUGGGCCUAAUCAAACCAGAGGACCUCUACUAUACUGCCGUCACUGGUGUGCGAUCUGGACUUCCAGGAGGUAAAAGGGUAGGGGAGAUCGUGAGUGAGGAGAAUGAAGACAGUGAGCAGGAAUGUAAGGAUAAGAUGGCGAUGGAGUUGGAGGAAGAAGGCGAAGGUGGGAGAGGUGGCAGCGGAGAUGAAGGGAGGAGGGUCUCCUCGCAUAACUCCAGCCGGCGUCCACGUGACGAGUCUCUGGAGAGUAAACGCUCUCGCAAAAAAGCUGUUCAAGCUGCAAAGGCUCAGAAGAGGCUGACAAAAAUCCCCAAGCACGUAAAGAAACGUGCUAGAAAGACAAAAUCAUAA